AUGAGCAGAGCCCCGGACGGCUGCCCGGGCUCCGACCCGAUUUCCCUAAAGAUCAAGUUCCACGACCUGAGCCUUGCCAGCAGCCCCAGCGCGGACCUCUGCAGCAGCACGCUGACGGGAUCCGACAACACCACCGGCGGCGGCGCCAAGCAAUUUUCGGAGAGCGGGAAGAGCAGCUUGAGCUCGGUGAGUUGCUGCAAUGGCGGAGACCGGGACAGGGACGGGGCGAGUUUCAGGAGCGUCUGCCUGUCCAAGCCUCACAAGGGGAACGAUGUUCGGUGGGACGCCAUACAGGGUGUCCGGGCCCGGGACAACGGAGGUGGGUCCGCCGGGCUCGGUUUGGGCCAUUUCAGGCUACUGAAGAAAUUGGGGUUUGGGGAUAUCGGGAGUGUGUACCUGGCGGAGCUGAGGGGCACGGGUUGUCUUUUCGCGAUGAAGGUGAUGGAUAAGGCGAUGCUGGUGAGUAGGAGGAAAGUGGGCCGGGCUCAGAUGGAGAGGGAUAUUUUGGGAAUGUUGGAUCACCCUUUUCUGCCUACACUGUACUCGCAUUUCGAGACCGAGAAGUUUUCGUGCCUGCUGAUGGAGUUCUGCAGCGGCGGGGACCUGCACUUGCUCAGGCAGCGCCAGCCAGGCAAGCAUUUUUCGGAGCAGGCAGCGAGGUUCUAUGCCUCGGAAGUACUUCUUGCUCUCGAGUACUUACAUAUGAUGGGCGUGGUCUACAGAGACUUGAAGCCCGAAAAUGUUUUAGUUAGAGAUGAUGGCCACAUUAUGCUUACGGAUUUCGAUUUGUCCCUAAAAUGCUACGUAAAUCCCACCCUCAUCACUUCCAAUCACAACCCAUCUUUGACAAAUUCCUCAUAUUGCACCCAAACCCCUUGCAUCGACCCGACAUGUAAACUGCCUGUUUGCUCCGGGCCCACUUGCUUCCAGCCCACUUGCUUCAAACCCCACAUUUUCAACUCGAGAAAAACCUCAAAGGCAAAAACCGAACAAGAAACCCCAGUUGUGCUUGUUGCCGAGCCAACCGAGGCUCGCUCAAUGUCUUUUGUCGGAACCCACGAGUAUUUAGCCCCCGAGAUUAUCAAAGGGGAUGGCCAUGGCAGCUCGGUUGAUUGGUGGACUUUCGGCAUCUUUUUGUACGAGUUGCUUCACGGGAAAACCCCAUUUAAAGGUAAUGACAAUAGGGAGACUUUAUUUAAUGUUGUGGGACGAUCUCUAAAAUUUCCUGAAGGGCCCGCGAUUAGUUUCGCGGCGAAGGAUUUGAUUCGGGGUUUGCUUGCAAAGGACCCUCAGAAGAGGUUAGGAUUUAAAAGAGGGGCCACAGAGAUAAAACAACACCCGUUUUUCGAGAGGGUGAAUUGGGCCCUCGUUCGCAGCACGGGCCCACCUCAUAUUCCCAAGCCCGUUGAUCUCGAGUCGCUUAACGAGGCUUUGAGGCCGGUUAAUCAAAAGGGGGCCAGUGACUCGGGAAGGCCCUCGGGCACAUACUUGGAGUUUGAAUUUUUUUAG